AUGGUCAUAACGCCCUAUCUUGCGCUUGUUGUAAUGAGUCCUGGGCAGCUGCAUACGACCGCCGCUGAGCGCAUGUAUACGAGUCCUGAGCACAAGGUGCCUGUACCUCUUCCUACUCUCAGUGUGCCCGAGGAGGUGCAACUCUCGGUGGUUGUGCCCAUGUACAACGAAGAGAAGCGUCUGCCCACGAUGCUGGAUGAGGCGCUUUCGUGGCUGGAGCAGGUGCGCUCGAGCAAAGAGUCGCUUUCGGGGCUAUCAGAGAAGGAAGGCGCAGCAUCGGCGCUCACAGGUCCGCUCCUUACCUAUGAGCUGUUGCUUGUGGAUGACGGGUCGAAGGACUCGACGUACGAUGUCGCGAUGACCUAUGCGAAAGAGCGCUCUCUCCCUACCGGAGCCUCUCUGCGUAUCACGCAGUUACAUACGAACCGCGGCAAAGGUGCAGCGGUGCGUCAUGGCGUGCUGCACAGCCGCGGCGCCUUUAUCCUCUUUGCCGAUGCCGACGGCGCGACGCGCUUUUCCGACCUGCGCGUCUUGUCGCGUGAGAUGACGCGCAUUCUUACCGAAAAAGGCCAUGGCGUUGUGGUCGGCUCGCGCGCGCACCUUGUUACGUCCGAGGCCGUCGUGAAGCGGAGCAUGCUGCGCAACUUGCUGAUGCGCGGCUUCCACCUCCUUCUUUCGAUUCUCAUGCGACCUCCGAGCAUUGAAAAGAUGUACCACCACGCUGUGGAUGCCGUCGUUCCCCAGUUUCUUCGAGCAACAAGUCAUGGUACUGUCACAACUCUGGCGCAACAGCCCGAGAUCAAGGAUACCCAGUGCGGCUUCAAGAUGUUUUCGCGCGCGACGGCCGCCCACAUCUUCCCCCUUGCGCACAUCGACCGCUGGAUCUUUGAUGUGGAGCUCCUCCUGCUCGCAGAGAUGGCAUCUCGUGCAAGUGCUGCACAGCACGCACUGCGCUCGCCCCAGGAUAGCAGCAAGGACGCCCUGCUGCGCCUCCCGCUCCCGAUCGCCGAGGUGGCCGUGCACUGGACCGAGAUUGACGGCUCCAAGAUCUCGCUCCUGACCGACUCGCUGCGCAUGGGCCGCGAUCUGGUGAUUAUACGUCUGAACUAUGCGCUUGGACGGUGGCGCGCGCCGUCGAGUCUAUAG